AUGGGUCGGCGUUCGGGUCCGGAUCCGGGUCCGGGUCCGGGGCCAGAUUCCUGGCGACCGCCACCGCUGAAGGGCAUCGGUUACGGCUCGGUCGGUGUGACUUGCAAAGAUGUCCGCCGCAGGGCAGACGACUCCGACUCGGAAUCGGCAGGGCGGAUGGGGAUCGCCCUGGUUGCAUCCCUGUCGGCCGUGCUAGUGGUGUCGAUGCUCCAGUUGGGCAUUUGGGUGGUGCUUGCAUUUGGUGCUCGGGGGUGUGCGGCGCCGCCCAGAGUUGUCGGCACUGCCACAGUCGACCUCACGUAUACCACCUACGAGGGCCUGCGUCUUUCCAACGGCGUGAAUGCCUUCUUGGGUAUGCGAUACGCUGCGGCGCCUCUCGGAGACCUCAGAUGGCGCGCUCCGGUUGAGCCUGUUCGAACCGGAGCCGGGACAGUGGAGAGGGCCACGACGUAUCCCCCAAUAUGCCUCAGCAUCGGUGUUGCGCAUCCCGCCAGCGGCCAGGGCGAGGACUGUCUCUUCGUCAACGUCUGGGCACCGACCAACGCAACGGGGCAGUCCAAGCUGCCAGUCUGGGUGUUUAUUCAGGGGGGCGGGUACACGGCCAACACCAACGCCAACUGGGAUGGCAACGAAGUCGUGCAGUGGUCUGGCUACAGCAUUGUCAUGGUCAACUUCAACUACCGCGUCGGCCUCUGGGGGUUUCUGGCGAGCGAGCGGGUGCGGGCAGACGGGGCGCUGAACGCAGGCUUGCUGGACCAGCGGAUGCUGCUGAAGUGGGUGAAGACACAAAUUGCGCACUUCGGCGGAGACGCGAGCCACGUCGUAAUCCACGGCGCCUCGGCAGGGGCCGGUUCCGUGGCCAUGCACCUGGCAGCGUACGGCGGCCGCAACGACGACCUCUUUGUCGGGGCCAUGGCCGAGUCCAUCUUCUUCCCCGCCCAGCCGCCCGCCGCCGAGCUCGAGUACCAGUUCGACAGGGUGGCGCGCCAGACAGGCUGCGACGAGGCAGCACCGGCCCAACGGAUGGUGUGUCUGCGCGGCAAGGACGUGGCCGUGCUGCAAGCCGCCAACUAUGCCCAGCCCUUCCCCGGCCGCUCGGAACCGCCCUUGCCCCUUUUCUACUGGACUCCGUGUUCCGUCUUCGCCCCCGACGCCGCCGCCCCGUCGGACAUCGCCACCUUCUUCCUCAACAACCACCCCCUCCUGACCCCCAACGACACCACCGCCAUCCUCGCCCACUACCCGCACCGACUCCCCCCCCUGCCCCGGCACCAACCGUGGUUCCCCACCGCCAGCCAAGCCUACGGCGACGCAACCUUCGUCUGCCCGCAGCACAACGUGCUCACCUACGUCGACCAGUAUUCCGCCGCAAAUAACAAUAAUAAGCUGUAUGCCUACCGCUACAACGUUCGCGACGACGAGAACCUCGCCGCCGGCCUGGGCGUGCCCCACCUCUUCGACGCGGCCGCCAUCUUCCGGCCCGACAACAUCCGAGGAGGCGGGGCCAGGGCAAGCUACGGGACGUACAACGCCCCCGUUGUGCCGUUGAUGAUGGGGUACUGGAUCAGUUUUGUGCGCGGGCUGGAUCCGAAUCUGUCUAGUCUUGCGUCGGGAGGAAGAGGAGAAGGAGCAGCAGGAGGAGAUAGAGGAGCGCAACGGCCGGUGUGGGAGAGAUGGGAUGGACUAACAAGAGGGGAAGGCAUGAAAGGAUUGGUGGUGGAAACGGGUGGUGCGGCGAGGAUAGAGGGCACGCCGAGGGACGAGACUGAGAGGUGUGCUUUCUGGCUGGGCUUGGGACGGGGGAGGAUGCAGCAAAAGUGA